AUGUUGUUGACUUCAUUCUAUCUAUCUAUCUAUCUAUCUAUCUAUCUAUCUAUCAUCACAGUCUGUACAUGUCUAUCUGUCUAUCUCAGUCUGUUCAUAUCUAUCUAUCUAUCUAUCUAUCUAUCUAUCUAUCUAUCUAUCUAUUUAUUUGACUGUUCAUAUCUAUCUAUCUAUCUAUCUAUCUAUCUAUCUAUCUAUUUCAGCCUGUUCAUAUCUAUCUCAGUCUGUUCAUAUCUAUCUAUCUAUCUAUCUAUCUAUCUAUCUAUCUAUUUCAGACUGUUCAUAUCUAUCUAUCUCAGUCUGUUCAUAUCUAUCUAUCUAUCUAUCUAUCUAUCUAUCUAUUUUAGCCUGUUCAUAUCUAUCUCAGUCUGUUCAUAUCUAUCUAUCUAUCUAUCUAUCUAUCUAUCUAUCUAUUUCAGCCUGUUUAUAUCUAUCUAUUUCAGCCUGUUCAUAUCUGUAUCUAUCUUAGCCUGUUCAUAUCUAUCUAUCUAUCUAUCUAUCUAUCUAUCUAUCUAUCUAUCUAUCUAUUUCAGCCUGUUCAUAUCUAUCUAUCUAUCUAUCUAUCUAUCUAUCUAUCUAUCUAUCUAUCUAUUUCAGUCUGUUCAUAUCUAUCCCAGCCAAGAUACUUACCUACCAACAGUGAGGUGGGUAAAGCCUAGCCACAUUACCCCCACUUUGUUAGCACCUGUUCAUGAUCAUUAUCUAUCUUGUCUUUCAGUCUAUGUUUACUCUUUUCUCUUUGAUCCAUUCAACAAUACCUGCAUCAUCCCUUACAACACCAAUGUCCAAACCAACCUUUACAGGUUUAUAUAUCUGGUGGGAUUCCUUCUGCUCUAA